GGCGUCUCCCAGCUGCAGCUCGCCGUCACGGAGCAGGAACACGUGGCGCUGACCGCUCAGACGCUGCUGCCCUCACAGCAGGAGCUCCCUCCAGUGUCAGCGCCAUGCUUGCCCGGCUGGCCUCGUGUUCUCGCUCGCCAUCCAGACUCCGUCAGUCCAGCGUCUGUCCGGUGUCCAUCAGAGCGUACGCUCCGGCUAAAUUCCCACGUCCUCAUGGCAAGUCCCUCGCCCACCGCAGUGAGCUGAAGCAGGCCAAACGCAUCGUGGUGAAGCUGGGCAGCGCCGUGGUGACGCGGGACGAGUGCGGCCUGGCACUGGGGCGGCUGGCCUCCAUCGUAGAGCAGGUCACGCCGUUCAUGUCGCCCAGGCGUGAGAGACACUGCGGCUGCGUGAAGACGGCGCCACGUACCUGCACACUCGUCACCUUUCGGUCUCCCUCUAGUCUCCCUCUAGUCUCCCUCCAGUCUCUACAUUUCUGUCCCCUUCUGCAGAUUCUGGUCACCAACCUCGAUUUCCACGACGAGCAGAAGCGCCGCAACCUGAACAGCACGCUGCACGAGCUGCUGCGGAUGAACAUCGUGCCCAUCAUCAACACCAACGACGCCGUGGUGCCGCCCCCCGUUCCCAACAGCGACCUGCAGGGGGGGAAUGUGAUAAGCAUCAAGGACAACGACAGCUUGGCUGCUCGGCUGGCCGUUGAGAUGAAAGCAGACCUCCUCAUCGCCCUGUCUGAUGUCGAAGGCUUAUACGACCGGCCCCCGGGGACAGACGAUGCCAAACUCAUCGAUAUAUUCUAUCCCGGAGACCAGCAGUCGAUCACCUACGGCACCAAGUCCAGAGUCGGCAUCGGCGGCAUGGAAGCCAAGGUGAAAGCGGCGCUCUGGGCUCUCCAGGGCGGGACGUCGGUCGUCAUCGCCAACGGCACACACCCGAAGGUCACCGGCCACGUCAUCACGGACAUCGUGGAGGGGAAGAAAGUCGGCACCUUCUUCUCUGAAGUGAAACCUGCAGGUCCGACCGUGGAGCAGCAGGCGGAGAUGGCUCGCCAUGCAGGCCGGGCUCUGGCCUCCCUGGACCCCGAACAGAGAGGGGAGAUCAUCUGCUCGCUUGCUGACCUGCUGACGGAGAAGAAAGAUGAGAUCCUCAGUGCCAACAAGAGAGACAUGGAGUUAGCAACCACAUCAGGUCGUCUCUCUCAGCCUCUGAUCGACCGUCUGAGUCUCUCGUCUGCGAAGCUGAACGGCCUCGCCAUCGGCCUCCGUCAGCUCGCCGUGUCGUCCAGGCAUAGCGUGGGUCGGGUUGUGAGGAGGACCAGGGUGGCCAACAACCUGGAGCUGGAGCAGAUCACCGUCCCCAUCGGGGUCCUGCUGGUCAUCUUUGAGUCGCGUCCCGAUUGCCUCCCGCAGGGCGGUAAAGCCGGCGUCCGGCUGUCGACGCGAGGCCUUCGCUCAGCGGGGGCUGGGGGACUCACCCGGGUCACUGAAGGUCACGUUGACGUGCUGGAUGUUGCGUUUCAGGUGUCGGCUCUGGCUAUUGCCAGUGGAAAUGCUCUGCUGCUGAAGGGGGGUAAAGAAGCGUCCAACACCAAUAGAAUCCUACAUCAACUCACACAGGAAGCGCUCUCCAGCCACGGAGUGGCGGACGCCGUUCAGCUGGUGAGCACCCGGGAGGAAGUGGAGGAUCUGUGCCGACUGGACAAGCUGAUCGACCUGAUCAUCCCGAGGGGCUCGUCCCAGCUGGUCCGGGACAUCCAGAGGGCGGCGAAGGGCAUUCCCGUCCUGGGCCACAGCGAGGGCGUCUGCCACGUCUACCUGGACAACGAAGCCAGCAUCGACAAAGCCAUCGACAUCGUCUCAGCAUUUCUCCCGGAGACACGGAGACCGACACCGGAGGCUCGUGGGAGAGGAGAAGGUCCGCAGAGUCCGUCUCCGAACCACGCAUGCGCGGUUAGAUGUGGUCCGACUGGCCCUGACGUCAUGAUCACGUUGGGCACCGAUAAUCUCACGAGAGCGAGGCGCUUGCUGUUGCUUCUUUACGGACUGCCUGGCCCAGUGCAUGAUGGGAGAUCCCAACGAGGCAGCUGGAGACCCUCCCACGCAGGCACGUGCACAGGUAGAGCCCUAGUGGUGCUCAAGCACCUCCCCCUUUGCCCUGGAUGAGUAAAGUGCCCUUUUUGCUGGAGCCCACUUUUUUCAUUCAUCAGUAUUUAAGAAGAAAAGUUACUCUCUCUCUGUCAUCAAGUCCCCCCAAAUGUGUUUUAAUAUCCGACGGGGCAUUUAUUUGAGUUCUUGUGAGAAUUUCGCCCCGACAUGCUCCGCGACGCUCGUGAUGACGCUCCCACGUGAUGACGCUGUUUGGACACGCCCCCUGCUGCUGCCGCCGGCUCUCGUCUGCUUUCCAGGUGAGAAGCAGUUCAUCUCCAACGAGCUACUUUGAGCCUUUGUGAACCCUUUCCGUGGAGCAGCAUUAUAUGCAUACAUGGCACCAAGAGAAUUACCCACAAUGCAUUGCAAUGUGCCGUUAAACACGGGUUAACCAGUCGAAGCAUGGAGAUGUCACGUUGGUGUUCAGCCUGCAUGUGAAAUACAUCAGAAACAUUAAGGAUUAAAGAUGGAACAUUAAAACACAGGAAAUCAGAGCAUGUUUAUUCAUUUAUUAAACAUUUGUUUUGUUAUUGAAGCUGUUUUGACAAAAACAAGUAAAUAGAUUAUUUUAAAUGAUGUUUGGAAGACGUUCAAGUCAGGGAGUAAAAGUAUGAACAAAUACCCACAAUUGAACACAAUAUUUGUUGAUGUUGUCAUGGUAACGGGAUAUGUUCAAGCCCUACAGCAGGGGUGUCAAACUCAUUUUCACCGAGGGCCACAUCUGCCUCAUGGCUGCCCUCAAAGGGCCGGUUGUCACUAACACGGUAUAAUUCUAACUACUCCAGAACAUAUUGUUAAAUAACUGUCUUUGCAUUUGUUUAUUGUUUAUUUAGGUGUACUUAUAUAAAUGUAUAACUAUAUAUGCAAAUGUAUUUAAUAUUAUAAAAUACAUCUAUUUAAUUUCA